UUUGUUUACAUUCUUCCAUUCUGCAACGGCUUGUGCGACCGUCGCUCGUGCUUUGUUCCAGUCCGCCGGCGUAUUUCUAAUCUUUUUGGCAAAAUGAAGCGGAAAUCAGAAGGAGGCAAUAAACAACCGUUCCAGCGGAAAAAGACGGAGCUGGUAUUUGAUCCACAGAAAAGGGUAGAGUUUCUGACUGGAUUCCACAAACGUAAGCAGCAUCGUAAAAAAAUUGCGCAGGGAGAAAUGCAACGGAAACUUAAGGAGGAGACGAAGCGGAUACGCGCAGAGGCGAAAGAAAAGAUGCGUAAUCUCUACCAUUCGUACAAACCUAUCCCAGAGCUCACGGAGGAGGAUAAGGCGGAGGAGCAGGAAGACGAGUACGAUACGGAGAAUGUUACGGUGAAAGUGGUGGAACUUUCUACUCGCGACCUGGCAAAGGAAAACAAUUGGAUCGGCGAAAAUCGUGGCAUGGUGAAGGACGAUGAAUCGGAUGCGGAAAACUCGAGCGACGAUGGAAAUGAUGAGCAGCAACUGGGAGUUGUGCCCGGCAUGGAGCUGGAGGGAGAGAAGAAGGUCAAGCGCAAGCAUAAACUGUCCGCCGAAGAAGGCUCAUCGAACGAGGCGGAAAACGGGGAGAGCGCCGUGAAGGAAAAGGCGAAACCGAAGAAAGGACCAGUUCUCAACCUGGACGGUAUACGGUCAAAGAAGGAUCUGAAUCAUAAGAUAAAACGCUACGCGCUGAAAUCCAUGAAGACAAGUCAAGCCUUCCGACAGAAGACGCGCCUUCAACAGCAAAAGCAGCUGAAACAAUCCCGACGCAUCCGUCACCAGAAGGAGAAACACCUGAAACAGAAGAAAGGCUUCAACAAACACCGUAACGGAAACGAUCGCGGCGAAACUAAGCGAAAACGAAAGGACGACUAAGAACAUCUGCGUCCAGGGCAGUGAGAAGGGGGGGGGGAUCUAUGAAGAAUCAGGAUUAAUAAAUGAUCGAUCGCUAUUGUUCA